AUGAGAAUUUAUUUGCAAUCUAUCGAUUAUGCCUUGUGGCGAAAUGUCAAAAAUGGUCCAUUUGUUCCCACAAAGAGAAAUGAAGAUAAAUUAGUUCCUAAGGACCCUAGUGAAUAUGAUGAAGAUGAUGAAAGAAAAUUAUCCUUAAAUGCUAAAACUAUGAACAUUUUGUAUUGUGCUUUAGAUAGAAAUGAGUUUAAUAGGAUCACUUCAUGUAAGUCCGCACAAGCCAUAUGGCAUUCUUUAGAGGUAAUACAUGAGGGUACAAACCAAGAAAAAGAAACUAAGAUAAAUCAUCUCGUUCAUGCAUACGAAAUAUUCGAAAUGAAAGAUGAUGAAUCAAUCACCUCUAUGUAUACACGAUUCACCGAUAUAGUUAACGGUUUAAAUUCUCUUGACAGACCAUUCAAGGAAAGUGAAUUGGUGAACAAGAUCGUGAGGUCAUUGCCUAAGUCAUGGAGUGUCAAGAGAACCACCCUGGAGGAAAUGAAACACCUAUCAACUAUCUCACUUGAUGAUUUGAUCAGAUCUUUAAUGACUCAUGAACUCUCUCGAAUGAAAGACAAGGAAGAAGAUGACAAGAAAAAGAAAGGAAUAGCAUUGAAAGCUUCAAUCCAAGAAGAAGUUAAUGAACAUGAGGAAGAAGACGAACUUGAUCAAUUAGACAAGGAAAUGAUCUCCCUAUUCACCAAGAAAUACAAGAGAUUCUACAACAAGUAUAACCAAGGCAAGAGCUCAAGAAGAAAUGAAGAAAGGGGAGACAAAAUCAAAAGGGAUGAAAUCAUUUGCUAUGAUUGCAAGAAGCCCGGACACAAGCGGACGGAGUGUCCUCUCAAAAGGAGCAACAAGAAGAGCUCCAAAAGAGAUGAACUCAAAAAGGUUCUCCAAGCAACUUGGGAUGAAUUAGAGCUCGGAAAAUCCAAUAGUGAUGAGCAAGAAGAAAUAGCAAAUAUGUGCUUCAUGGCCAUUGAUGAUAAUGAGGUAACCUCAAAUUCUAAACUUCAUAUCGAGGAAAAUAGUAUUAUAACUUUUUCAAAUAAGGAUAUAGAACAUGCAUUUUCCGAAUUACAUGAAGAAUAUACUAAACUUGCUCAUAGAAAUGCAUCUCAUAGAAAAACUAUAGAACUACUUAAGAAAGACAUCACAUUGUUGACAAAUGAGAAAAGUAUGAUAUUAUGUGAAAAUGUCACCUUAAAAGAAAAGGUUGAUGAUUUGACAAAGAUCAUUUUGAAGUUCACCAAUGGAAAGAAAAACUUUGAUCAAAUGCUUGGUGGAUAA